AUGGCAACGACGAUCGGGCUCUCGACGUCUAGCGCGGUGACUUCGAACGAGGGCGCUACGCUCCUCCCGGGCUUCGGGCGUCCAGUGAACUACGUCCCGAAGAAGGUAGACCUCGAUUAUGUGGGAGACCUCUUCCCAAACGCGCUGAGUGCGGCGGAUAUCGAGAACGGGCGCGCAGCGCGAAGUAUGAUAACCCUGCGCGAGACGAGCAUGCUGCAGUUCAUGAACAGUGUGACGGACAAGCCGGACUGGCAUCGCAAGGUGAAAGACGACGAGAUCGCGAAGAAGUGGAAGGAGGAGGCGCUCGCCUCCACCGCUGACUUUACCGAGACGAUGGCAAAGCACUGCAUCCAAGAGCUCCGACAUCUCGCCUCCCUCGUUCCCCCUAACCCCUCCCCCUCAACCCCUCAACCCCCUAUCGUCGUGUACAACGGCGACGUCAUCAAGUCCGAUCACGCCCUCUCCCCCGCCUUCCAAUCGCGCCUCCAAACCGCCGUCCGCGCGUUCGAGGCUUCGAUCCCUGAGCGCCUGCGCGACUGGCACCCUGGGUCGGACGGGAAGGUAUGGGAUCUCGUCCAUCCGUCGUUGUUUCCCUUGGUGUAUGGGAAGACAAGGGUGUUGGAGGGCGGAGAAAGGACGACACUGGAAGACUGUGUGGAACGGAGUGGGCAGGGAAGGGAGGUGCCGGUGCCGGAGAGCGAGGAUAUCGUGGAGGUGAGGGAAGAGCAGCGGUGGUACAUUUGUAAGGCGACGCCGUUUAGCGCCAAGUUCCAGUGGCUGCCGUGUGAUGUGGAUAUUUCGGGGACUAAGGCAAAGAUCACGAGCUACAUUAACAACCUCCACUCGGCGAAGGAGGAACCCCUGUACGCGCUCAUCGAGGAGCUCGUCGACGCGUCCAUCCCGCUGUGGGACGCGACGCUGACUGGACUGCGUACCCCGCCCCCACACCGGAUCGUGUACGAGGGCACCGAGUAUGACCCCGACCCGGCGUCGUGGCCAGAUGAGGCGGGCCCGCAAAUGGACGAAGGUGAGGAUGAGGACGACUACUGGGAUCGCAGGCAGGAGUGGAUCGAGGCGACGCGCGUGCUUGUGAUGCCCGAGCCGACGCUGCCGUUCGUGCCACCUAAGGAGGUGGAGGAAUCGAAGAGGGUGGAUUUGAGGAAGAAUUAUGGGGAGAGGGGCCUGCAGGUGAUUGUGAAGCUGGCGAAUAUCCAGCUGACGCCUGGGGAGAAGAGCAAGUACGAGGGUGGGUCGUGGCACGUUGAGGGACAAUUGAACGAACAUAUCGUGGCGACGUCGCUGUAUUACUACGACUCGGAGAACAUCACGCCGUCCACGCUCGCGUUCCGACAGCAAGUCGAUGCGAACGAGCCGAUGUACUACGAACAGGGCUGCCAUUUAUAA